AUGGAUUAUGUUGGCGUUAGGUGUGUUUAUGACGCCACCAAUAAUUAUAAUGUAGAUUUUGUGAAUUCUGAAAUGCACCCAGGAAUUGCACGUGACCAGGAGGCAUUGAAAUUAGCAAGGGCAUCCAGUCCAAUGACGCAGUCAGCGCUAGAUGUAAAUAUCAUCGCGUUGGGAUUAGAGUCAAUGUCCUCUAUGAAUUUCCUUCGACAAAUGCCAAAAUCAUAUCAAUUUCUAACGAAAACAUUGGAAGCAGUAGUUCUUAGGGGGUACAAUAUCGUUGGGGACGCUACAGCCGAAGCCCUGAUACCAAUGUUAACCGGGGAGAAAUGGGAGGAUUUACCCGAAACAAGACAAGGUCAUGACGGCGCCACGUCUGUUCAAGUGUAUCCACUUAUCUGGAAGACGUACAAGGAAAGAGGUUACGUGACGUUACUUGCUGAGGACUCUCCACAUAUAAGCACAUUUAAUCGGCAAUUUAUUGGAUUUAUUGAGAAACCCACAGAUCAUUAUAUGAGAACAUAUUGGCUCAAGUCUGUCGCUCUAACGCCUGGCUAUAAUUUUAUUUCGAACCCCAAAAUCUGUGAGGGUUCCAGAAAGGAACACGAGGUGAUGUUUAACUACCUUAGACAAUUCCAAACUCAGUAUGAUCCAUGGGUUAGAAGAUUUGGUUUCAUGUUUCUAUCUGAGAUAUCACAUGACAACAUCAACAAUCUUGGCUGGGCUGACCGCGACUUGGAACGUUACUUAAAAUCGCUAUACGAGGGAGGACACCUUGAGAACACCAUACACUUCCUGUUCGGUGACCAUGGUGCGAGGUACUCCGGUAUCAGAAAUACAAUGCAGGGGAAGCUAGAAGAAAGACUUCCAUUUAUGAGUGUUUUCAUACCAAAGAAGUUGCGAGAUUUACAUCCUGAGCUGUACGAACAAUUGCAGGCAAACGCAGAAAAAUUGACCACACCAUAUGAUAUACAUGCAACAUUUCAACACAUUUUAAAUUAUUCUGAUGACACAGUCAGUGGAAAAGGUAUUAGUUUAUUUAAACAAAUCCCAUUUUCACGCACAUGUGAAGACGCUGGAGUUGAUACUCAUUGGUGUACAUGUCUUAAGUGGAUUCCCGUGUCACUUAGUUCUAUGGAGGUUAGUACAAUAACCCAGUCAAUAUAUAACUAA